CGGCGCCGGAAGGCAGGAAAAUGAGACGUCGGAGGGCCAGUCGACUCAUAUUGAGGGCGGACAUAAAAUCUCGAAGCGGAGGUUGACUUGGAAAUUUCACGCGACGUUCUAUGGCAAGACCAAAGAAAGGUUGUUAGGGUCCCUGCAUGCGUCCCGGGCAGCGGCAAUCGGCAGUUCGGCAGCAAAUUUCCCGUGUUGCUCGGCCAACACCACUAGCUCACCCGAAUGCAACCUCGAGUCAAUACUGGCUGGGGGGAGGCUUCCUUCUGUGCAAGCACUGACAGCUAAAGUUCCUGUGCAUCGCGUCAUUGGACCUCAUCCUUUGCUUUCUCACUCAUACCCUGGAUCGUCUUUCCUUUUGGAUAAUGCCCCAGACUUGGCAAUGAUAUGAUUAGGAAUCAAUCCCUUACACUCACUCUUAGAUGGCUUCAAUACAGGCACAGGUUGACGCUGUCAAAACCGCGGUUUCGAACAUCUCCACCUGUUCUCCAACAACAAUCGUAACCCUCAAAGCCUUGCUUCUCCCAAAAGAUGGCUCCCAGGUUGGGGGUUCGUCGUCUGAUGUCCGAGCCCCCAAGACCGCGAGGUCUGGAAAAUCGACCACCAACGGAGCCUCAAAAGGGGCAUCGAAGAGGUCGAGUCCUGCCGACGCCGGAGAGCUGUCGGUAAAGGAGAAGGGAUCUCUAGCUACACAGAUUGUCAAUGCAACUCUCAGGGCUUUGACAGAGGCUGCGAAGCCGGUGCCCCCAACUCCUUCGAAACGACAGCCCGAGGCAGAACUGGUGAAGACGGCAACGCGCAAUGCUCUCCGACGGUCGAACUCAGCACCCAUGACUCCUCUGCAGCCACGUUCCAUCAACCGCGUCUCUACCUCACCCGUAGCUACCAAGUCUACUCGACCCUCCACUGCCUCGAACAACUCGAUCAACCUCCUGUCCGCCAUCGAAUGCGCCCGGGUGGCUUUAUCCGCGCUAAGAACAUUGCAGAGCUCGGGGAAGGUUGCUAUGCCGGACCUACAGUUGGAAGCAGCCAUGUCUUCAUUCAUCGGGAAGUUGAUCGGGCUCGGGCUCCACGAGCAAGCCGUGAAGGAGCUACGGGUCUUGAAGCUUCGGUUGGAGGGAAACGCAAUGGUAGAUGCAAAGAGGCGGCAGAAUACGGCGGGCUCAGAGACCAAAAAACAAGCCCAGGGGCUUGCAGAGAUGCUUGACUUCCGUGAAGCCAAGCCAUCGGACCCGGCCUUCUCGCUGGCUAUCGCGACUCAAAUCCACGCGCUCAGGAUCCUGUCUGCGAUGAAGAAGCCAGCACACAUCGAGGCUGCGGCGCCGAUACUACGAGAGGGCCACCCCUCAUCCCUAGUCAGCCACUUGCUAUCCCUAGCAGGAGGGAGCAGCGCCGACACUGCCAAGGUCGCUCGCCAGCUGGAGACUGUCUCGCAGAUUCUCCUGUCGUUAACCCCGGGUGUUUCCAGCAAAGACGAUGGUAUUGCAACAGAUCCAAGGCUCAGCAUCUCACCGACGACAGCUCUCGAGCUUCAGACCCUUGGGUUGGAGUCUAGGCUCCAUUGGUGGAAGAUGGCCGGUCACCAGGGCGACGUCGACAGGGACAUUUACUCACCUCUGUCAAAGUGUCUCGUUGCUUACACCAGGCGGCUGAACAAUGCGCGAUCCACAUAUGCCCUGUGUCAGAAAUCGUUCGACCGGAUCUACGAGCACGUUCAGAUCCAAGGCUUGCGCUCUUCGACAAGCUCGAAAUCCCCACUGGCAGCAACCUACCAAUUGCUUACUUCCGUCGCUCGGGAAUCUGGGAUGCUCGACGACGCGGUCUGGUGGGCAACUAAGCUGUGCAAUCUUCUGGACAUGAGCGUGGAAUCGGCAGGGAAAUACUGCUCCAUUGCUGCACAGCUGCUCGCACUCCAGCUCAAAUACAACCCCGCUGUUUACCUCCAGAGUGAGGAUCUUGUCGCCCAAGUGCUCGCUGGCGUCCAGGGGCCAUUGCGUGGAGACAGUUCUGAACUCGACGAGCUCCUGGCGAACGUCGGCUCUCUGCGACGGGCCAUAAUAGCGAUAAUACUCGGUCAUACCAAGGACGACAAGGGCGUGGUUGUCCAACCGCCACAGAAAACCAAGGAGCCACUCGAGGCAUUCAUUUUACAGUGUCCUCGGUUUUGCUUGAGGUGGCUCGGCAAGCCUCCUGAUCCGAAAAGCAGCACCAAAGACUACCUCCGAUAUGAGCAAAGACGACAGCUCCUCUCACAGUCCAUACAUCAUACCCUCGAUUCCACCUUUCUCCUGGCCAAGACACAGCUAGACGACCAACGCCUAGCUUGGGAGCCCCUGGAGACCAUCUUGAACGACAGCCUGACCCUGCUGGGUUAUCUGGGAGAAAUCCAUACGCCCGACGACGCGACGACAUACUAUGUCAAAAUCUCACACUUCUAUUAUAUGAAGUAUAAUUCCCUUCGACAGCAAUCUACGGAUCCCAACGACGCGGAACCUCUGCGGGCUCUCCGCCGGUCGGUUGAGUGCGUCAAGGACCGUCCAAGGAAGGAAAAGGAAAAGGCACAGCUUCUGAUGAAACUCGAGAGAAUGGCCGAGCUCUACAAGAAUUUGGGAAGGGUCGACGAGGCCCUGGGAGCUCUCCAAAGCAUCAGGACAAGCCUGGUUGAUGACGGCGUCCUAGAAGCCGUUGCUCGGGCAUUCGAGACACAACCGCCGCAUGUUGCUUGGAGCUUGGACAGCGACGCAGACAUGCUCUCCAGGACUUUGACCUCGAUUGCAAAGACGGAGCGGAUCUGGAUCAACUGGGCAGUCGACAUGCCCGACGCCGAGCAAGCUGCUGUGUUGGAAAACCGCCUGUGGUUCGUUCUGCUCGGGAGUGGGAAGAAGUACCAGACCCUGACCCUCGAUGAUCCUACUGUGGACGCUCUGUUGCGCAUCUAUAACCCGACAAAAUUUCCGAUACGGAGACUGCGAACCCUAUUACGCCUUCUUUGCUCAUCGGUGGGCCAAGUUAACUUGGUAUCAGACAUCCGGUCGAUCACUGCGGACGCUGUACAACUAGACGAGCAUGAUGGCCUCGGUGACGAUUGCUCCCUGGCGAGGUAUCUUGCCCACAUGAAAGCGCUCUAUUCGUCCAUCACCGGCCUCAUUGAUGGCUAUCCCGACCUUCCGUCUCUCCGACAAACCAUCUCCGUCUGGAGGUCAAUGCUCGAGGGCAGUGGAACUAGAGAGGGUCUGGAGGGUUGUAUCGACGAUGUCUCGGAGCUGCUCAUCCAUCUCCAAUCCGUCACGGACUUUCUGCGGAUGAAAGGUCACGACGAGCUGCUAGCCGUUGUUCUAGGGCUGUCCGCCGAUAUCUCUAGAGUCGUUGACGGCCCGAGGCCGGAAGACUUCCUCGACAGUCACACGAAUUUGGCCUUGCAAUAUGCCAACGUUGGCCAGACUGGCGAGGCUGAGCGUAUAUUGCGGCUGGCGGAAGCGUUCAGCGCCAGACAGGAACAUAUCACCCCCGAGGCCGCUGCUGGUUUCCAUCUUGCUGUAACGGAGUACCUUCUUGCCAUCGGUAACCAUACAAAAGCGAAUGAUCAUCUGUCUCUGGCAAAGGCAGCUUUCGCUGCCAAUUCAUCAGUCCAGAAGGCCUCGAAAUACCGCAAGAGAGUCCUCUUUGCUAACGCCUCCUACUUGUAUUCCCUCAUCGCCCUCGAGCGCGGCGACUCCCAUCAUGCUCUAGUAUAUUGCAGAGAGAGCGUUCGCAUUGCUUUCCAGGAAUGGAGUCGCAUAGAGACUCAAUUUCAGGGGGGGUUGGAUUCGAAGCAGCCAUCUGCAGAUAAUUCCGCCCUCACCACAUCAGUAAUGGACCACAAAGACACCGGCACAAUGCCUCUCGGGCCCGAGUCCUGGAAGGUGUUCCGAGAACUUCUACGAAAUAUUUCCUGGCUCUCGGCAAUAUAUGACCACCUCGGCAUGUUCCAGGAGACGCUCUAUUACGCAGAACAGGUGGAGAAGCUGGCCCGGAAAGCAAACUCGGAGUUCCACCUGAUACAGUGUGUAACUUGGAUGGCGUCGGUGCAUUUGAAGGCCGGAAACCUGGAGAAGUCGCUCGAGUUUGCGAGCGAAGCCCGAAGCCUCAUCCGAGCCGACGGUCAGUCUUGCCACAUCGCAAACCUGGCAUGUCAGAUCGGCUCCGUCUAUCACCGACUCGGGGAGUCCAAAAUCGAGGCUGAAAUGUUCGGGAGGGCGGAAUCUGCCUUGGCGGCUCUGGGUCCCAAGCAAGCCAGUUCUGUUGUUGACGAGGCGUCCACGGGUCUCGAGUUGAAGAUGGCAAAGCUGGAGAUCAAGGAGAAACCGGCCAGGAGGACAAGGGCGGCAACGGCUAGCACGCGCCGCAAGGCACCAUCCGCUACAACGCUCACGAAGCCGAGGCCAAAGGCGAAGCCAGCAGCUACAUCCGAAGCAGUCCCACCGGCUGCUGAUGCGUGUCUUGGCAACAUUCGAGCAUCUCUUCUCGUCCAGAAGGCCGUGUCGUUGCUCACCAAGAGGGAAUGGGCCGCGGCGACAACUAUCCUCCGGGAGGUCAAGGAACUUGCGAGUCUGUCUAUCAAUAUCUCAAAUGGGCAUCUAACCAUGGCCGCCUGUCUCCUUGGACAGAGUCUUGAAGACAUGGCACACGAUUCUGUCUUUUCUGUCGUCCACGACUCGACACUCUCGUUCCCUACGGUCCUUGGAAACGGAAGCGACAAAGCCGUGGUAGAUCGGUUAUCGUUGACUAAACACUCUCCUCCGGCGAAGACCCGGAGUACUGCUGCAACUAAUCGCAGAGAGGCCUCAAAGGAAGCCGUAUCCCAGCGCUACAUGGAGAGCCUGAGGGAGGCACAUGAAUGUCUCAUAGAAGCCCACGCGACCGCGGCAGUGUCGGGUGAUUCGAGUUUGCUCCACCGCAUUUCGACGAUGCUACAGAAUGUGACCCUCCUGCUGUCGACAAUCUCGGCAAAAUCGAAAACGGCCGGCCAGGUCGGACACGCGACGUCCUCGACGGAGCUUGCGCGCAACCUCACAUGGAGGCGCGAACGGAAGGCCGUCGUGCAGGAGAAGACGGCGGCCAAGCCCGAUGGCACCGAGUGGCCCGUCCUGCUCUCGUCGUCGGAUCCGAGGCGCUCUAGCCUGGGCUUCUCGCUCGAUCACAACAAGUUCCAGAGAGACUACGUCGAGAUCAUCCCCAAGGCCUGGACGGCGAUCUCCAUCACCCUCGGCGAGAACAAGCACGAUCUAUGCAUCACCAAACUGCAGGCGGGCCACAGCCCAUUCGUCAUCCGGCUCCCCCUGGAGCGGGCCAGCUCCCGCGAUGCCGACAGCGAGGUCUUCAACUUCCAACAGGGUCGAUCCGAGCUCCUAGAGAUCAUCAAGCUGGCCAAUACAACCUGCCACGACGCGAGGGAUAUGACUGUCAAAGGGGCGAAGAAGGCAUGGUGGGAGGACAGAGAGGCGCUCGACCAGCGACUCAAGGGACUCCUGGAGCUCAUUGAGCGGGACUGGCUUGGCGGCUUCAGGGGCAUCUUCUCCCAGCAUCGGCGGCGCGCGGACCUCCUGGGGCGGUUCCAAAAGAGCUUCCAAAACGUCCUGGACAAGCAUCUCCCGUCGCGGCGACAGGUCCGCGGGAAGAAGACAAAGGCAGCAUCGUCGACGUCGAAGGUGACGCUCGACCCGCGAAUCCUGGAGCUGUUCGUCGGGCUGGGCGACGCCACGGAGGAGGGCUGCGACUUUGACGACGAGCUGACGGACCUCCUGUACUUCGUCGUCGACAUCCUGCAGUUCCACGGCGAGCGCAACGCCUACGACGAGAUUGACUUCGACGUCAUGGUCGUGGAGACGUUUGACGCCCUGCGCGCCUACCACUCGGCGGCCAAGGGGGGCGACGGCGACGCCGAGGACGGGGCCCACACCAUCCUGGUCCUGGACAAGGCCCUCCACGCCUUCCCCUGGGAAUCGCUCCCUUGCAUGCAGGGCCUCGCCGUCUCUCGGACCCCCUCUCUCGCCUGCCUCCGGCGUCUAAUCCUGGAGCAGCGAGCCCCGGCCUCCUCCUCCACGACUUCGACACCCAGCGAGCAGCAGCAGCAGCAGCAACCGCCUGCCGACAUCCCCAGUGGCCACCACGUGUCCGCCACCUCGGGUGCGUACAUCCUCAACCCGUCGCCGGCGAGUACGAGGCCCACGGCGCCGUGUGGAACUACAUGCUCGCCGGGUGCCCCGCCGUCGCGGGCACGCUG